AUGUCAGGUUCUCAGAAUCAAUUGGCGUCAGAAAAUCCUCAUUAUUGGUGUAGCAAGAGGAAAGAAAUUAAAAAAACUCCUUGUAUCACAAGUUAUUUGGCACCACGACAAAUUUCACCAUAA